AUGGGCUGUACGCCGUACUUUCCUCUUGUUCUUGUACUCGGGCUCCUCUAUGUGCUUGUUGCAGAGGCUGUUCCUCUUCUGCCAAGUGAGGACCCUUUCUACAUCCCGGACGAUGACUCUUGGUCACAAUUGCCCCCCGGAACCAUUCUGAAUUCCCGCAACGUGACAAUCGCCUCACUGCUCCCUGGCUUCCCAAGUAAAGCCAAGGCAUUUCAAGUGCUGUAUGUCACCCGGGACGUGCAUGAGCAGCCAGCGCACACAGUCACGACGAUAGUUGUCCCUCAACGCCCAAAGUUCGACCGGCUCCUCUCCUUCCAGAUCGCCUACGACUCGCCUGAUAUCAAUUGCUCUCCCUCAUACGGGAUCCAGUUUGGUGUGGACGGUACCGCUGCUACCUGGAACCGGAAUCAGCUAAGCUAUUUGCUUCCCUACUUACAACAGGGUCCGAUUGUGAAUAUACCGGACUACGAGGGCUCCAAUGCCGCGUUUACCGUGGGCCCGCAAAGCGCCUACCAGACUCUGGAUUCCAUCCGUGCGGCACUGAACUCGGCACACCUCACCGGCCUCAGCCCUGAGGCCAAAACGAUCAUGUUCGGCUACUCUGGAGGCGGCUACGCAACAGAGUGGGCUUCUGAAUUCCAUCCCAGCUACUCACCGGAACUUAAAAUCGCCGGGGCUGUGAUCGGCGGUCCUCCUACUAAUAUUACAAAGACCUAUCUAUCCGUCAACGGGGGACCAGCCGCAGGGUUAAACGCCUGGGCCAUGCUGGGGGUAAUGAACGCAUUUCCUGCCCUCAAGGCCUACAUGCUCGACCACCUUCUACCUGAGUACCGUGAUGCCUUUCUCGGUCCUCUGAAACGCUGCACUCCCCGGACUGGGGACGAAAGCGACCCUCCGCCGCUCAGUAACAUGAAUAUUUCAUCCUUCUUCGACAAUGGUGACCAGUUCCUAUAUGAGUUCAAAGAUCUUCUCGAUGAAAUCGGCGUGAUGGGAAGACAUGGAUUCCCCAAGUUUCCGUUGUACAUCUACAAAGGCACGAAUGAUGAUAUUGCACCCACAAUUGAAGAUACAACUGCUCUGGUGCGGAAGUUCUGUGAGGCAGGCACUAAUGUGAGGUAUCUUCCGUACGCGGGGCUAGACCAUACCACUGCCUUGAUUUUCGGUAUGCUUCCAGGCUGGGCAUGGAUGACAAAUAUCUUCAACGGGAUUGAGCUACCAGGCUGCCACCAGAAUGACCUUAAUCUUGAUGCGGAUGGAGGUGAAGGAGAGAUAUUGGAGUAUCCUUUCCCUGAUCAGGAAAUUUUCCAAUCCUCUCACUUGGACGAAUUGAAGUAA